AUUACUUUAUCCUUUGCAACUGGUCGGCUGCUCUUAGUCUGAUUUACGUGGAACCGUUGCUGUAGCGCAGCUAUGUUUAAAGUACUGAAAUUCUUGCCUGCCGAGGUAUCAAAAGCUGCAUCCAGGUAUAUGGACAUCAAAUUAAAAAUUGUGAAAGCAGGUAUGGCUAUUGACUUUAAUCACCAGUGCCUAGAGAAAGACAUUAUCCCUGAUUAUGUGAAGGCGUACGUAAAUUUUAAACAGUGUAACAGAGUGCCUUCUAUUAAAAAGAAGCUAGUGCAUUUAGUCAUUUCCGAGAGCACAGUAAAUUUGUACAAGAAAAAAGAUGUCCUUAAUAGUGAAGCCUACUGUAUACAUCUAUUUUUAACUAAAGCCUUUAAAGAUCUUUGUAAUUUUCAAAUUGACCACCUGUGGAAUAGUAUUAAUGAAUGGCUCUCUAAUCGUAAAGAAAUAAUCAAGGCCAGACAUGAAAGAAAGCUUUUAAAGUUUAGUAAUAGGACCACAAGUAAAAGUGAUAAUACAGCAGACAACAGUGUUAAGCACCUAUUUUACGAUAGAGUACUAAAUAAAACCAAUAUUUCUUUUACGCAGGCUGAAAAUGACUUGUUGUGUAAAGGCCUUAAAUAUAACUUGCCUGCUAAACUCGAUAAAGAUCCAGUUAUUUGUAAUCUCAUUGUAGAUCUAAAAAUCGGUUUAGAAUCUCUGAAAUUAGAGAAAACGGAGCAAGUCAAAUGUGCCUACGAAUGUAACAACAUAAUAGAAAAAGAAAUUAAAUUAUCUCCUAAUAAGCAAUCGGGCGAAUAUAGUAUAAUAAAAAGCAUUAAUCAUAAACUUAGAGAGCACGACGCCUUAGUCACUAAGAGUGACAAAGGGAACACCGUGGUCGUGGCUUACAAAAAUGAAUAUAUAGAGAAGACUGUAAAGUUUUUUGAGGAAAACGACAUCACUGAGGUUACUGUAGAUCCUACUACUGAACUGCAAAAUGAAAUCCGGCGUACUUUAACGAAUUCCGUCAGCUUGUUUAAUAAGUUCCAAAAGAAAGGGCUUAUAAAUAUGAACCCUAAACCACCAGUGCUCAGAAGUCAGUUUAAAUUGCAUAAACAAAAUCACCCGAUCCGCCCUAUAGUGAAUGGUAUAGGUAGUCCACAUCACACACUUGCUAGGCGCCUCCAUUUUAAAAUUAAAGAUGCUUUCACAUUUGAAAAUAAUUUUUCUGUAAAAAACAGUAAGGAAUUAAUUAACAAUAUUCAAUCUAUAAGUUGUACACCUGACACUAGACUGGUGUCCUUUGACAUCGUCAGCCUUUACACAAAUGUUCCGGUUGAUGAAACCAUAGACCUUGUAAAAGAGAAUCUUCUGAAACAUAAAAAAUUAAGUGAAACUCAGAUUGCCGAACUCAUUGGUUUGCUUAAGGUCAUUUUAAAAUAUAAUUACUUCACAUUUAAUGGGAAAAUGUAUGUACAGCCAGAUGGUCUAGCAAUGGGUAGCCCCCUCGCCGGUAUUCUAGCAGAGGUUUUCAUUAACGCCCUGGAAACAACGUUUUUCAAUUCAAGUUCAGAAUUACGCCACAAAAUCCGCUAUUAUGCACGGUAUGUUGAUGACAUUUUCAUUGCUUUUGAUGGCACUGAUCAUGAGUUAGAGCAUCUCUUUAACAUUUUCAACGGUUUACAUGAAAAAAUUUCCUUCACAAAAGAACUUCAAAAUGAUAAACGUGAACUUAAUUUUCUCGAUUUAACAAUUUCUAUAGAAGAUAAUUCCUUCCAUUUUAAUAUCUUCCGCAAGGAAACAUAUUCAGAUAAUGUCAUUCCUUCUGACUCAACCCAUCCAAAAGCUCAUAAAUUGGCAUUUUUUCAUUCCGCCAUUCACCGGAUGGUAACCACUCCUUUAUCACCUGCAGAUCAAAAAAAGGAAUUGAAUGUCAUCAAAGCGAUUGCGGUUAAUAAUGGGUAUAACCAGAACAUGAUCGAUCACCUGCUCAAUAAGAAAAUCUCCCAAAAAUGUUCGACUUUGAGAAAUAUUCUCCCCACGGAUACCACUGAAACUAAAAAAUUUAUUUCCAUCCCUUUCCUGGGUAACUUAUCGUAUAGGAUUAAACGUCUUCUAAAUAAAAAAUAUAACUGUAACGUCUCCUUUUCUACAGAUAACAGUUUAAAAAGAAAUCUUGUACAGUCAGUAGAGAUUGCCAGCGAUUGGUUUUCUAAUUCAGGUGUUUACAAGCUAACCUGUAACAACUGCCCCUCUUAUUAUAUUGGUCAAACCGGCAGAGCUGUGAAAACACGAUAUAAAGAACAUCUUUUAGGUAAAAAAGGAACAAAUAUCCGCAACUCUACCUUUGCUGAACACCUCUUGAUAACCGGCCAUACGCCUAAACAGUUAGAAGACACGGUUAUCCUACAUAGACAGGUCAAAGGACGGAGACUAGAUCUGUGGGAAGAGCUAUUUAUUUUUAAACAUCUAGAGCUCAAAGACGGCAAUAUACUGAAUGAUCAGUUGAACCUUGCCUGUAAACAAUUUUUCGAAGGCUUUAAACCCGUACUGUUUAAUAUAUAACAUUAAUGAUAGUAACCUCAGUAGUCUAUUUCCUCAGGAAGCUAUAAUGCACUUUCAAAUCUUUCAGUUUACUACCGUUCAUAUAAUGUGUUCUUCUCACGAUGUAUGGCUGCCACUACAGGAGCCCUCAUGUAAUUUUCUCUUAUUCUAUAUUACGUAGUAACUGGAUUGUAGACCAGGUCUCAUAAUUUUCUUAAAAGCCAUUACUGAUUGUUCUUGAUGUUUUGACUUAUAUAUGUUCUAUGGGCUUCACUAAUAUGAUAAUAUAACUUUUAUAUUUUGGCUAUAUAGACCACUGCUUGUAACUCACGGCGGAAGCGCCACCUGUCUUUUUGAUGUAUGUAUCUACGUUAUUGUUCCUAUACCUCCCACAAUGUCAUAACGGGAGUGUUAAAUGCUUGCCAUUUUAUUUAUUAUCACUCUAUUUAAGAACGCAUUUAAUAUUGAUAUUUCAAAUGUUACUUCAGUACGCCUAUCGGCACAUAGUUCGCGACAUGAGCGCCACCUGCCCUGGCCGCUGUGCUACUACGCUGGCCGAUUUUACUCAGUCGCUUAGGCGCUCUGCAACUUCUAUGUACCUAUUUUAUUUGUCUGACAAACCCUGUUUUCAGGGCUAUAUUUUAUAUGAUUAAUGUAACUAUGCAGAUGUUUGCCUAAACGAUAAGGACAUAUCACUUCAUGUUGUUAUAAUACUGUAAGUACCAAGAACCUUUCUCACAACCUGUAAUACAAUAUUUUCCUAAUAUAUGUUAAACUUCAUUCUUGACUCAUGUUUCAUACCUUAAUAUAUAUUACGAUGUUCAUUGUCCCCAGGCCGUCUUCUGAAGAAGAUAGAUUUAUAUCUAUUGAAACCUAGGUCUCAUAAAAGCGUGGAAAUGGAGAAAAAGAAGGCAUUUGACAGGCACCGUCUAAUUGUACGUCGUGAAGACUAGGAGAGAGCACUGAGAGACCUGUCAGAAGAAGAAUUACAAGAGUUGUCAGAUUCAUGUGGAUCUCAGUCGGAAGAGGAAGUUAUUGAAGAAGAAAACCACAGCAGUGACUCCAAUCAAUCAACAGAGGAAACAGAAGACCACCUACUUGAAGAGAUGGUGGACCUGUGAAUUCUGAAGGGGCAGACAGAGCAACUCAACAAGUUUGUGGUGUGCAAAUUUGAUACACCGAGUGGCCAUAGUGGAGCUGCAAUCAAUUGUUUGAGCAAAAUGGAGGAUAUGAAGGAUAGUGCGCAAGUGGUCUGGAGGUAUGUGGAGACAAAAUCGGCGACCCAAGUGGCAAAGAAACUUUCGUCGAGUUUACAACAAAGCGCCCCCAUCGUUCAAGACUACAAAGAAGUGGUGUGAUCAGUUUUUGGCUACUGGGAGUGUUGCGAAAGGGCACGGUGGUGGUAAGUCUGGGAUCAGCGAACAUCAUGUGGAACAAGUGCGGCGGUCUUUCGAACAAAGUCUACAGAAGUCAGUGCGACAGGCAGCACGAGAACUUCGUAUGAAACGUUCAACAGUGCACAAAGUGCUUCAUCAGCAAUUACAUUUGUAUGCUUAUAAAGUGUAGGUUGUGCAAGAAAUCGAGUCUGAUGAUUGACCAAAGCGAGAAGAAUUUGCACGUGUUAUUUUAGAUCGCAUUGCUGCGGACGAGACAUUUUUAUCACGCGUGAUGUUUACUGACGAGGCAACCUUUCACGUGCCAGGGGUUGUCAAUUGUCACAAUGUGCACAUAUGGGGGGCCAAAAAACCACAUGCACCUAGGAAAUACAUGCGCGACAGUCCGAAAGUUAAUGUGUGGUGUGGUGUGGUUUGAUUAUAAAUCGCAUUGUUGGGCCGUUUUUCUUUCAGGAGCCGACUGUGGAUGGAGCCAUCUACCUGGACAUGUUGGAACAAUUUGCCUUGCCACAGAUAACAGACCUGCAGCCAAAUGUGAUUCUUCAACAGGACGGUGCACCACCCCAUUGAAGCCUUGAUGUCCGAGAAAAUUUUUAAAUGACACAUUCCUGCAACAGUGGAUUGGCCGUGGAGGUCCAAUUCCUUGGCCGCCACGUUUGCCCGAUAUAACCCCCCCUCGAUUUUUUUCUUGUGGGGUUAUGUUAAAGACCAGGUAUACGCUAGACCAGCAAAGGACAUGCAAGACUUGAAACAGCGCAUAAGAAUUGUCAUCAACUGUGUCACAGAACAGAUGCUCCGCAACACAUGGCACGAAAUCGAUUACAGACUUGAUAUUCUUCACGCUACCCGUGGCACCCAUGUUCAAGUGUACUGAACACUGAACUGUUCACCUGUGUAUGAAAACUUGAUGAGCUGCUGUAUGAUUUCCCUGUAUUUGUUCAUCAAUAAAUUGUGUUUCCUCUCAGA